UUUGGAAUGAACGAGUGGUAGAAUGAGCCUUCUGUACCUUCUGAUUUUUCUGUACCUGAAUUCAUAUAAAUAAUGUAUUAUUUGUGGAACCUUCAAUGUUUGAAUACUUGAAAUAAGUUCAAAACUGCACACUUGCUUACACAAUAUCCACAAAUGGUUAAUAUCCAAUUUAAUGGUAGCGAAAUCAUAAAAACUAGUUAACGUGUUAACGUGUUUUAUGAAAUUUUCGUUCGAUUUAGAAGGCCUGUAUUUCAUUAAGUUGGUUACAACUUACAGUAGCUUGUUGAAGGAAUCACCUUAAAUAAAUCACAAGCAUUCACAGGGAUUUUCCGUUUCUUCAAAUAUGAGGAAAGAUGUGGUUUUCCUCUUUCAAGAGAGAAAUCUAGAUUUCUUGUUUAGUCAGCUUUUUGAUGCGUUCUGAGCGAGAUGAAAUUCUUUCUCUAUCUUAUUUGUUUGUUUUGCUUCAUUCUACUGAGGAGAAUUUACAAGCGAAUUGGAGAUGCUCCAGGAAGAUGUUCCGAUGGACAAAUCUACACAAUUUUUUAUACUUGUGAGGAUCUUUUUUGAAAAGAAAGCAACAGAAGACUUUUUCCUUGCACCUCAGAUUGAAGACCCCAACGAAAAAAGACCAACGCCAGAAGACCUUUUCCUUGCACCCCUGAUUGUACCUCGACCAUUAGAAAAAGAACCAAGUAAGUCAGAAUUUCCUCGAAAUAUGUUUAUUUAGAAUUCAAUUCUGAAAUUUCAAUAUCAAAGUCUCGAAUUGAAUUUUAUACCAUAUAUUUCAUUCAACUUACAAUCAAUAUUUGGCAAAAAGAAAUAUCCAAUAGGGGAGACCGGGGCUUUGACCAUUUUUGGAAUAUUAUUUUUUUUAAUUAUAUAAAUUGAGAUUGCUUAGUCAGCGGAACUAGGUUGAAAUGCUUCUAGUUUCAGCUUCUAUGAAGUACAUCAAA